GAGCGAGAAUUUAAGUGUCUCAGGGGUCGGGCGGCCGAUCAGUUUUGCCACGGCUCUGGUGCGGUGAGGAUUUGCUCGUCUUUUGUUUCGCUCGACGUGACGGGACCACUUCCAUACGCGUGCGUAUGUUUGUAGGUUCGUGUGCAUGAAACGAGACAGAUUAGGUCUUACAGAGCCGCUGCCAACUUCGAGGCAGCGUCCCGGAAAAUCCUGGUUUGGGGUCCUCGCUCUUUCUGCCUCAACGUCCCGUGGACCUACGCGGCGUAAGUCAUCCGACGACAGGCUGAAGUUCGUUCCGUGCCAGGAGACUAAGAUGGCGGGCGCAAGUGACCACGUACCUUCGUUUUGGACCGGUUACUGACAGGAGCGUAAGAUGCAGCUGAUGUCCACUGCGGCUCCAAGCGACGCCAACGAGAAGAAUCUCCCUCAGGUCGCCGUAAAGAACGCCAGCGAGGCCCAACACAACGGCAUCAACAGAAAGUCCUGUCCUCGGGCGCUGAACGGCGCUGCUCGGCGCAGACACCUGUGGGUGCGAGCCGUGAGGAAGAUCACGAACCAGCGAAGCGCGGCUCUGCUCGAGUCUCUGACGUCAGAGACGAAGCUGACCCCCGCCUCGCAGCAGACCGGCGCCAGCGACUCGGCCCCACCUGCUGCUGCAUCCGAACCAACAGAUGGCGUCACUCUCGCCAAAGUUAGCGUCGCUUCCGGCAAGGCUGAUGACGUCACUUCCGUUGCGCAGACCGCCCAGAGGGAUGAGCAGACGACGGCUUCUCCUUCCGAUGAGGUGGCCGGGGGUGGGGGAGACGACGAGGGAGGAGGGCAGGUGUUCAAGCGCGGGAUCGUGUACCGGGGUGUGUACUGCCCCUCCCUGUCCAACAGCUUCAGAGAGGAUCACCUGGAGCUCGCCUAUCAGCGGUACUCCCAUCGCCAGAGGCAGAAGUCUCUCAUCAUCGUGAACCUGGUGGACUCGCUGCUCAAGAUCGUCCUCGCCACGGUAUGGUUGCUGAACACGAACACGGCCGACGACCUACUCGCGCACCCGGAGCAGCUCACGUGGACCGUGUGCACCAUGACGGCGAACUGCGCCAUCUGCUUCCUCGGCUGGUGGCGCUGUUUCGCCAACAACUACCUGCACUGGGCGGCGGGCACCACGUGGCUUCUGCUCAUCACUCAGGGAAUCUUCGGAGCGGGGAUCGGGUUCGAGGACGGGACGAGUGACGGGGUCCGCCUGGUCUGGUACUUCCUGUUCAUCGUCUUCGUGACGUACGCGAUGCUGCCACUGCCGCUGCGAACGUGCAUGAUCCUCGGGUGUGCCACGGCUCUGUUCCACGUGUUGUACACCUCCCUCAGGCACAUCGCCUCUUCACAGGAGGAGGAGGACUCUUCUGCGGGCGUAAUCAUCGUGGAGCGACUGGCAGAUAAUACAGUACUCUACAUUGCCGUGAAUUUCGCUGGGAUGUACACGAAGUAUCUGACGGACAGAGGACAGAGGAAGGCGUUUCUGGAGACGCACCGCUCCAUGGAGACGAGGUGCCGGACGCAGAAGGAAAACGACCGACAGGAGAAGCUGCUGCUCUCAGUUUUGCCUGAUUUUGUUGCCAAAGAAAUGAUUCGUGAUAUUGCCAAGGAGGAAGAGAAGGGUGCAUUUGUUCCAAACCAGUUCCACAAGAUCUACAUCCACCGCUAUGAGGAUGUCAGUAUCCUGUUUGCAGACAUUAAGGGUUUUACAGCCUUGGCCAGUCAGUGCAGUGCCCAGGAGCUGGUCCGUGUCCUUAACGAUCUGUUCGCUAGAUUUGACAAGCUUGCAGCGGAGAACCACUGUCUGCGUAUCAAGCUUCUAGGCGACUGUUACUACUGCGUGUCUGGGCUCCCGCGUGCUCGGGCCGACCACGCGCAUUGCUGCGUAGAGAUGGGUCUCCACAUGAUCAAGGCCAUACAGUAUGUGCGCCAGAAAACACAGGUUGAUUUGGAUAUGCGCAUUGGAAUACAUUCUGGGUCGGUGCUCUGUGGUGUGCUCGGCCUUCGUAAGUGGCAGUUUGACGUCUGGUCGUAUGACGUGACGUUGGCCAAUCACAUGGAGUCAGGUGGCAUUCCGGGCCGGGUUCACAUAUCUAAGGCAACGCUAGAUUGCCUCAAUGACGUCUAUGAGGUGGAGCCUGGACUUGGGGAGACGAGAGACAAUUACGUGAAGGAUCAUGGAGUAGAAACGUACCUCAUCAAACAAGUAGAACCGCUGCAUCCACGUCGACGCGUUUAUCACCGCUUCUCCAGGCCACGUCUCUGGUCAGUCGAUGAGAGGGCUGGCACCUUGGUCACCCUGUCAUCCGCAAACAACAACUCGUCUACGGCCACCGUCGUCACGGCCACUCAACACCAGGGGUCGGGCGGAGGCCCCGCAUCUCUCGGUUUCAUAGAGGAAGAGACGACCACCGACUGGCAACCAGAGAUUCCCUUCGAGAAUUUGAAUUCUGGGGGUGCAAUUGACUUGGAAGAAGAUCCUUUCCAGGAUGAUGAAGAAGUCGUUAAUGGUGGGGAAGUAGCGGGUGAUAAGGCUGUAGCACGUGGCCUGUCCAUGGCAGAGCAGGUGGAUGAGAUAAUUGACCACAGUAUUGAAAUCGAGAGCAACAAACGUAUGCGUAAUGCCAACCUCAACGCGUGGACCCUGCGCUUCCACGAUGUUGCCACCGAGAAUAAGUUCUGCCAACUGCGUGAGGAUAUGUUCAAGUCAAAUAUGCUGUGCUGUUUCAUCAUCUGGCUGUUUGUACUCACCUGCCAGCUCAUCAUUUUGCCUCGGUGGACAAUUCUGGUUGUGACGAUGGCAGUUACGACCAUCUUGCUGGCAGUAGCACUGGUGAUGGUGAUGGCAGAAGAAUUUCACCAGCUACCAGAGACACUGCAGACAAUGUCCAGUGUCCUUAUGCAUCAUCGUAACCGUCGGACUGCCUUCAUCUGCUGUGUACUUGUCCUUGUGUCAGUUGCCUCUUCAGUCAGUCUGGUGCUAUGUCCAAAACCCGUCGGCACUCCAACUGAGCCAGAAACAAACAACAGCACGAGGUCUGCCUCUUCCGUGGGUGAGGUAAUCUUGUCAUUCCUCUUGACAGUAACCGCUCGAGAAUACAGAUCCAUCUCGUCAUCCAGAGAAUAUCCCGUGUCUGCAAGCCGGGUGUUACUGCCAGACUGUGCACCAAACAUGUCUCGGUGCAAUUCAACAUUACUCCCUUCUAAUUCUGCGGCACAAAAUGUGAGUCUUGGUGACCAACCAGCAAAUACAAGGACUUGGAAAAGAAGUGUGCCAAGUCUUGGUAUUAGGAACAAAGUGAUCGCAAAUAAGAAAACGUCUAAUUCUGAUUUCUUAACUGAGAGGACUACACGAACUGGUGCUGGUGUGGGCACAAUGUCACUGGAGCCAAAAGGAUUAAGCACUGUUGGUGAUUCCGACAAUAUGAGUGGUCAGUUUGAUCACAGAAAUAGAAGUGUCUGGAAUCUCUACCAGUCACAUGGAACAAGAGAUGAGGCAAAUGGAACGCAUGUCAAUGUCAUCUCUGUAAACACAGAAGUAAGUGAGAGUACCAAAGGAAAAGGUGUGAUCAUUACGACGUCAGAUGUUAAUGUAAUUAAUGAUAAUAGUACAAAGAAUGCAUCAGACUUGGGGACCCAUAAAUUGGCACUACUCAAUAAUAUUACAAAUUAUUUUGAAAAUGUGUGGAAAAGUCUAACAGGUCAAGGUAAAAGAUUCAGAGAAGCGUACAGUGUCACGGAUAAGAGUGGAGUACAGGAGAGAGCGUUGUUGAAUAGUACUGCCAACAUCAGCAGUGUUUUGGUGCAGAGGCGACACAAGAGGGCUACAGAAGUUGAGAAUGUUGACAGUGCUGCUACCAUCACUACCACUGAAGGCAACUCAGUUUCAGAGCAUGUUGGCCAUCCUGAUGCCCACACACUGGAUACCAAUGAUGGCAGGGAAUCCGAGCAGUGCCUUGCUCCAGAGUACAUUGUGUACACGUGGGUGCUGUGCCUGGUGGCACUGGCUACUGCUCUCAAACUCUAUUAUCUCGUAAAGACCACCCUGGCCACUGUCAUGGUCUCCGUCUUCACCACCCUCAUUCUUCUGGCCUACAGAGAAGUCUUCGAUAAGGACAAAGAGGUGAUCCCAAAAUCAGCCAUCAUGGUGCUGCUGCUGGUUGUGUUCCUGACCAUGGUGACGUACCAUGCUCGUUUGGUGGAGGUGACAUCUCGAUUGGACUUCUUGUGGAAACAGCAGGCGGAGCGAGAGUUGGCGGAUAUGAUGGAGACGCGAGCCAACAACACUCAGCUUCUCAAGAACAUUUUGCCAGACCACGUGGCACAUCAUUUCCUGGGAGAGGAUCGACCAACUGAGGAGCUUUACUCCCAGUCUCGUGACAAAGUCGGAGUGAUGUUUGCUAGCAUACCAAACUUCACAGAGUUCUACUCGGAAGAUAUCAACAAAGGAAUGGAGUGCAUCCGGCUGCUAAAUGAGAUCAUUGCUGACUUUGAUGAACUGUUGGAUGAACCACGGUUUAAGAGCAUUGAGAAGGUUAAGACUGUAGGAGCCACUUAUAUGGCAGCAUCAGGACUGAAUCCCAGCCAGAAGGUGCAGGAGGAUGAGUAUGAGCACGUAUGUGCUCUGGUGGACUUUUCCCUUGCUAUGAAGACACGUCUUGAGGAUGUCAACAAACAUUCCUUUAAUAACUUCUACCUGAGAGUUGGAAUCAGCUGUGGUCCUCUAGUGGGCGGAGUGAUCGGAGCACGCAAGCCUGUGUAUGACAUCUGGGGCAACACAGUCAACGAGGCAUCUCGGAUGGACUCGACUGGCACCAUGGGUCAGAUUCAGGUCCCCAAAGAAACAUCUGUGAUUUUGGAGAAGCGGGGUUACCAGGUGCAGCUGAGGGGCAUAGUGGCAGUGAAGGGAAAGGGAGACAUGGAGACUUACUACGUGAUGGGACGCAGAGCCGGUCAUGCUCCGGGCUUCGUGCGUCAACCUAGCACUUACAGCAGCCUGGCAACUGUCGUGUAUGGCAUGUUGCAGGCUCGCCGCAGGCAGACAGUAAAGAAGUCCACUACACCUGGAAGCAGUGUGAUUGGCAGAGCAAAGUCACAGCAGAAGAAGCCUGUUGAAGCUGCAGUGACUGCAGGCAACAACACCAACAACAGACUGUCCAAUUUCAGCAGCAUGCGCCUGUCAGGACGAUCGACUCCUAACCCGGUGCGGCGGAACACGACUCGAGCGGGUCACAAUCAGCAUCAGGGCGCGCAUGGUAACCGCCCACAGUCCAAGAUGCGCCAGUUGUCAGUGGAUCCGAGCGUGCUGCAGUGCAACAACAGCAAUGUAGUCAGUGCCAUCCAGCAGCAACAGCACUCGUCAGCACCGCAGUCACCACUUGCAGGGGAGAACGAACGUCACGUGACUCUGACUCGUCAGAAAUCGCUCAUGAAUAAUGGCACAACCAACGCUGAUAAUGAGCCUCAAGUGAUAUGAGUCAAGGUAUGCCCCUGUGUAAUUUACUUUGUAUGGGAGAGUCCUUCUCCCAGUACUCAGUUAUGAUUGUUUGCAUGGUACCCUGCCUGCUUCUCCACUACAGAUUAUGGUGCGAGCAAGCAUUCCUUUGAGGCUGCAGAAAACCCUGAAGGCACAAUAUAUAUUGUCUUUAAAAUCCAGCUGUUGGGGUUCUUUUGUCAGUUCUUGUGCUGUAAUGGGACUAAGCAGAUGAAAUGAAAGUUCAGUUGUCGAAGUUAUGUGAGGAUCUGAACUAAUGGAAAUGGGUUCUGAAGUCUGUUACAUAAAAGCAGAUAUCACACUGCUUCCAUCAUACUUAUUAUGUCAACACUCAAAAAUGGCUAAAUUUCAGACAGUAAUGAAUACAGUUAACCUCUAUCAUACGGAUUUGAAGAAAUGACGUGUGCAAUUCGAGCUUUGAAUGUUCAUUUUCAGUGUUAAAUAUGAGAGCGGAUGGAUAAAAGUUUAGGCACAUGGCCUACACUGAGUUGAAUGAAGAACAUUUAGUCACUUGGGGUCAGUGUUUUGACUGGUAACAGCAGCCAGAAGUUGAGGAACUCUGUUAUUGCUAUCUUGUCCGGCUAAGACGUCACCCCUGCAUCUUUCCAGCCUUCAUCUUCUUUAGGGGAAGUUGUACUAGACUCAGUGUUAUAUAGACAGAUCAUUGUUAUCAAUAUAUAACUGACAAUUCAGUGUGAAAUAUUAUCCAAAUAUUUUUAUAACCUGUCAAGGUUUUCAUCAUCCGUAUUGCAAUAAUCGAAGGAGUUACGAAUAUUCCUGAAUAUGCGCGUGUCCGAACUUUGGAAGCUGCAAUGCGACUGUUAAUCAAGACUUGUGUUACGGAAAUGCAGAUACCGUGGUCUGACAUUUGGAGGUAUGGAAGAAGAAAAUAUUAAACAGUGAGAUGAAUUGAAUAGUUGGCAAUUCUGGCACUGCUGGAGAGGAUUAUGUACAUUCCAGCUUGGUCCUAGAUUACAGGUUAUGUCAUGUAAAUCUUAGUCUUAUUUUGGGAAACUAAUCUCAGGUGCCCUGCCUUGUAAAAACAUCCGUGGUUAGAUUGAUUUAUUUUAAAUGAAAUUUAGAAAAUAAGUGUUUAUAUAAUUUAAUGUAUCUUCAGUGAUUAUACAUAUUCAUUUCAAAUAACCGUAAGUUGUGUUAAGCCUUCCUGCCUUUAAAUGUUGCUACCUGAAUAGGGAGUAAACACCGAUGUAAAAUUACCUAUAAUAAACAGAAUAUGUUUAAUGGAAAGACAAAUGGAAAAUUGUCUGACUGAAUAUUUACUGUUUUCGUUCACAUAAUUUUAUCCUAGGGAGUUAGGGAGCAAGGUACAGGCCAUGAAUAAUUAAUAACAGAUUUGUUUCUGAAUACACCAGGAAAGGAAAAUUCUCAUCAUAAAUGGGAAGCAAUUAAGCAAGCUCUGUUUUUGAAAGAAUUUGUGCAUGGAAAAAGUAAAAAAGAAACAAUUUUGUGCUAGUACUGUGCAUGUGCAGUGUCGGAUACAGGCUGACCAUGGUAAAUAAAACAUGUUCAGUUCCCUUGGAAGUCGAGUAUAACCAGUUCUUCCUGUCAUCUUGCCUAGCUCUGCAGAAAAUUUCUAAUAGUAACAUAUCUUGAAAGGUGUCAUAUGAAUUUGAGGAUUUAUGACCCUGCCAUGUUCGUAAAUUCCAAGCAUAAAAAAAGUUGAUACAGAAUUUCACACACCUAGUUUAAUAAAGAGUUUCAUUAGUUUCUUGUCAAAAAGCUGAGGAGUAAUCGUUAUGGUAAUAUCCAUUUUAUAAAAACACUUUCUCAACAAAGUUGCAUAUCCCAUAAAUAACUAGGAAGUCUGCAGUAAACUGCAAGAGAGUUUCGUGGGAGAAUGUCGGUAUAAAUAAACUAAAGUGGUUGGUCCUAAAUUUCAACCAAAUUUUACCAGUUAGAUCCAUUGCUAAUAGGUUGCUAUAAUCAAUAAUAAGGGAUUGGAUUGAUACAUUCAGAUAUAACUCCAAAAUGGCUGUCUCUUUUUUGAAAAUAAAACCCUGUGAGAUUUAAAUUCCAUAUUUUAAUACCAAACAAAUAGAGAAACUAUUGCAAGUAUCUCGGGUCUGGAAAGGCUGACACAUGACACAUACAACAGGAGAAAUAUACAGGAUGAAACUCUGAUUCUGAAAUUAUGAAACGUUGACUGUUUUCACGUCAUGAUAUCCUGGUAUUCACCGAUUAACGGACAGUGCAGGACAAUGGAAAUAAUAGACUGCAUUGGCUACAGUCUGUAACAGUUCUAUAAUUUGUGCCAGUUACGUGAGGGACGGGCCCUCUGUGGACCACAUGGUGUGUGUUUUGCACGAUAUAAGACUGUUUAUAUAAGUACUAUUUUGAUAUGAACUUUCUGUAUUGAUGAUGUGAAAGUGCAUCAGUCUGGCAUGAGAGCUUUUAUAACUGAAGCUAUCAAAAAGCAAUUUUUCAGACUAAUUUUUGCUUCAAGUGUACACAAAUGGGUGUGGAAAAACAGAAAGCAGCUAAUGUGUAAUCUGAUGUUAACUAUUUCAUGAUUUCAAUAUUACAGUCACAGGAUUUCUUUCUAGAAUAGGGUAAAUUAUCAUAUGAUAAUGAAUUAUCAGAUCCAACUUCAGAAAUGGUGCCAUGCCUGUGGAUAUUUGAAUAACAGUGAAAUACAAGAUCAGAGGAUAUAAGGGAAAAUUUUGUUUGUAAAAACCAUUGAGUAGGAUUUCAGGUUCUUACAGUGACAAGAUGGCUGUCUUCUGCAAUAUUGCAUCUUCUGGUCUGUUGGAUAUUAAGUGAUGUUUCAUAGGAGCUUACUGCCUCUACUAUCAAGGUAGUAACCUACUCUAAGAUGAGGAGUAAUAUUUAUCAGGCUGUACAGUGCAGCAUCAAAGAAAACUGCCAUCUUCACCAUUGGGUAACAUUAAAAUGUCUCUGGGAAACUCAGUUCUACUGCCCUUGCUUUGGCAAUGUCCCAGCUGUUGUGUGGUGAACUUUGGUGGUAAUAGAUGGUAUGAAGUUUAGUUAAAUGCUACAAAACGGAUAAUCUGGGUCAUGAUUGCACUUUUUUUAUGCACCUGCUGUCCUCAUAUUCUAGUUAUCUUAACAAGAACCAGUGAUAUGACACUAAUCUAACUCAGUGUUUCAAUCUGUCAUUGAAGUCAAUACUUAAGAUGUAGUCUGGCAUAUGUACAGUGCAUACAGAGACCCGUAGUUUGAGGGUAAGGGGCCGCUGACACUCGUGGGCUGCAGCCAGCAUUUCUGUGCUCGAGUGUCAUUUAUCAUCUUUUAUCCCAUCAUUGGGAAUAUGGUGGACUUCAUAUGAUAGCUGCUCCCACUUCAGAGACAGGUCCAGUCUACUCCUCCCCCAUAUAAAUGUUUUAUACAUCACCAUUUUCUGUGGGCGUGAAAUGAGAAUGGGUGCCGAGGAGAAUAUUUGGACCUAAUGGGGAUGAAGUGAUAGGAGGCUGGAAAAAACUGCUCAGUGAGAAGUUUUGUAAUUUGUUCCCUUUGUGAAACAUGGUCUAAUGUAGAUGAGAUGAGCGGGGCAUGGGAUAUCAAAUGCAUACAAAAAUAUAUGGAAAUAGACUGGGAUAGUUGAAUCAAUAUAAAGUAACUGCCUUUGGGCUGGACAACUGGGGUUUGGUUCCUGGCAGGGGCAGGAAUUUUUCUCUUUGCCAUUGUAGAGCUCACCAUCCACUGCUGAGGCGGUGCGUAAUUCAGCACGGGGACAGUCUGACCUACAUAAAGGGAACAGGAUGUGAGGGCGUCCUCUGUCUUCAUCUGCCUUAGAGUACAGACCUGUAGCAGGCUCUUAGGGGCACAGCCAUGAUUGUUUGGGUUUUAUAAAAGCUGGGGUUUUUCCCGACUAGGUUCUCAAGGAUGAUUGUUCCAUGGAACUGUAUGGAACCUGGCAUGUAGUGUCGGUGCACAGCAGAUUCUAUAGCAGAGUGCUCGCUGUUGGUACCUGCUUCAAACACAGAUCUGGUUGUUUUCAGGAAUUCAUCCACAGCCAUAAAAUGAAUGCAGAAGAUAUUCUUAUUUUAACGUGUUUCAGUAUUUCACAGUCCACAAUUCUGUUUUGAUGACAUGAAACUGGUGAUAAAUGUGUGGUACUGAAGUUUAUACUUUGGAUGGGUGGACAGGAUGAAAGAAUUUCAGGCUUCAGGUGCUUAUCUCAUUUGUAUGUUGAGUGAGCAUUGGCAAUUUACCCUAUUUAGAUUUGAUUUGAGAACACAAAUAUUUUCUUGCCCUCAUUCAAUGCAUUGUGGAGCACAACCAAAUGCAGCACUGCAAGAACAGUGACAUUACAAUACUGAACUGUUGUUUUAUUUGGUAAGAAACAUGAAUCAUACAGUUAUGUCAGUGCGUGUUCAAGAUGUGGACAUUGGUUUUUGCCCAUUUCUCUUUGUUUGUUCCUUCUCAAGUGUGGCAUAAGGGACAUGUGUAUUGGAGUGGAAGAUAGGUGAUUUCUUCACAGUGAUGGCAGCUCUCUUUAUUUUAUUACUUACAGAUGCAACUUUGUCCCUUCUUUGCUCAUGUUUGGAUGUCACUAUGAACCAGUCUGUACUUCAUACAUUUAUGUUCUACUUUAACUGCAUUAAAGCUGUAGAUAAUGUGUUUACAAUUUAGGAGAACAUACUCUUUCACUGUGAGAGUAAUUCAGUGUAAGUGCUAUUUGAAACUUCCUGUAAUUUCCUACAGUAAAACAACAUGAGUGCACAGAUGCUUACAAGUAUGUACAGGAAUUAUUUUCCCCCUUAAAACCACAAUCUGGUUCUCAGUUCCCAUCUGAACAGAAUUUCCUAGGAGGAAGGCUAUAUGGAUGCAUGAAACAUGAUCUGGCUUCAUCAUAUUAAUUACUGAAACUGUGAAUAAGUGCAUUCUAGGUAUUUAGUGAUGGGUUAGCUUCCUAGAAAGUGGGCUUCCAUACUUUGCAAACCGGACGCUUUAAACCUUUCGCAUGGGGCAAAAUGCACAUACAUUUGACUGAAUGGUGGGACAAAGUUGCACAUACCUUAUCUAUAUGAACAAUAAUUUGGCACCAAAGAUGAUGAUUUAAUGUUAAUACCAUUAUUAUACUUUUUGUUCAAAGUAUUUAUUUUUUGGAUAUGUUGUUAUAUGUCUGAGCUAUUAGUGUUUGAAGUUACUUUUAACUGGUGUAAGUAUGUCACCGUGGAUGGACAGGCAGCACUGCCACUGCUUGCAGGGGGAACCUUCACAGUCUUUCCUAUUUGAGGUUCUAGAAGCCGCUGUGGGGAAGUCAUGGCAUACUGUGCAUGUUAUGGAACACAGUACACCUCUGAAAUUUCUUAUUUGUACUGUACUGUACUGAAUGUGACUUGGAUGAGGCAUCUGAACACUUAAAGUAAGGUUGUUGGUGCCGAACACAGAGCCCACUGACAUUAUGUAGCAAUGCUCUAUCAAGCACGAACCUUUUCAAAGUAGCACUCUCAUUACUAAAUGCUGUUAUACAGGUAAAGAUGUAAUCUGACAGUCUGUCACAAACACAGAAUUAUGUAAAAGAAAAUUAUUUUGUGUAGAGCAUACGGUUUGGAUAGAGUAUGUUUCUCUGAAGGUGUGAGAAGUAAUUAAUGCCAAACUUUCAUUAUAAUAAAUUGUAUGUUGAGACAUAUGGCCAGGCGAUCUCCAGGAUCUUUUAUGUUGACUUCUUAAUGAACUUCUAGAACUUCAAAGGAACACAAACACAAAUAACAUUACUUAUAAAUUAUUAUUAAGUUAAAUGUUGUUAAUAGCCACUUAUUCUGAUCUCUUUUAAUGACUGUACAUUUAUGUGAAUACACAGAUUUCCCUGUGA